ACCAAAAACCAACUAUUAAUACAAGGUCAAUUGAUAACAUGAUUCAACACAAUAAGAUUAUCUGAUAACAAAGCUUGAUCAUGUUGAAAAUCCUCAGUCAGACCUUGAUAACCUCAAUUUUAAUAAGUUAUAUUACACGAUUAAAGUUCAACAAUUAUCCACAAUAAGUACGAUAACGAAGUGACACGGUCAAAGUUACAAACCAUUUGUGAAUAUUUAGACAUUGCAAACAUGACUUCAAUUGACAGAUCCUAUCUUCACCCAGAAGCAAGACGCGUUAUUGAAGGAUUUGAAGCAGGUGGAAAGAAGUACUAUUAUACAUAUGAUUCAGUCGAGGAGGCAAGAAGUGUUUACGAACAAAGAAGCAAAUUUGCAUCUGGGAAUUAUGACUUCGACGGAACCUCAGAAGAAAUGUUUGUACCUUCAAGCGAUGUCCCCACUGGACUACCCAUUACAGUGAACAAACCGAGUAACUGUGAUGGUGAUCCAGUUAUUCUGAUAUUCUUUCACGGGGGAGGGUUUACACUAGGAUCUCGUGCUAGUCGACAAGUGAUGUGUCAAAUGAUUGCAACUCAAGGAAAGUGUAUUGUUGUCAAUGCGGAAUACCGUAUUGGGCCCGAACACCGCACUCCUGCAUGGCUCAAUGAUGGCGUCACAGUCGCAAAGUGGGUCAAAGAUAACAAACUUAAGAUAGGUGGCGGUUUGAAUAGUAAAAUUGGCGUCUCUGGUGACAGCGCAGGUGGUACCAUAGCAUCUUGUCUUGUUUUCGAAGUUCCCGAUAUCGAUUUCCAAAUACUAAUCUAUCCACGUAUUGGAUAUGAAAUGACGAGUGGUUCAUUCAAGGCUUACUCUGAAAACCAUCUGCUAACGAUGAAACAAAUGCUUUGGUUCAAAGACAUGUACGUUAAUGAAGACGAUUCUAAGGACCCUAGAUUUAACCUGAUGUUACGAGAGGACUUAUCCAAGGUACCGGCGACACUUUUCAUAGUUGCAGAGUGCGAUCCUCUGAGAGAAGACAGUUACGCGUUUGCAGAGAAGCUGGAUAAAGCUGGUGUUAAGAAUGAAGUAUUCCUACUUAAAGGGGUAAUGCAUAGUUUUGUGCAUUCAGUUGUAUUAUACCCUGAAAACUGUGAGAAGACUUAUAACAAAAUCAUUGAGUUUAUGUCACAAUAUAAGAACUGAGUACAGUUUAAAUCAGAGAACAGAUGCAUGGACGAGGUCAUUUUAAACCAAUGUAUUCAAUGACACAAUGCGAUAGUUUGAGAUCUCUAAAUGAAACGAAAGUUGUGUAACCGAACUAUAACAUGAACAUAUUACAUAAUUUGUCUGAGAUGCUCUUGCAUUUCGGAACUCAUGCUUUAUUACCUACCAUUGGCCAUUUCCCUCAAUUUG